ACUUUCUUACUUUUAUAUUUUGUUAAAAUGCCAAGUGGCAUGUUCCCGUAAAAUAUUGAUAUGGUUUUCCUUUAUUCCUUCUAUUUCAAGUUUCAACCUUUGGUUGGAACCACUUACCUCACCUAACUCAACACAUUGAUACUCACCUACUUCUCAGUUCCAACACAUUCAUAACCUAGAAAACAGUUUGCGAUAACAGGAAGGGAACGAGAAAAGAAGUUGGAGCUUAGAUUUUCAGACAUGGCACAACAAGAAAACUUAUUACAAAUUCCAAGAGUGAAACUGGGCAGCCGGGGACUUGAGGUUUCAAAGUUGGGUUUUGGAUGCAUGGGUCUAACAGGAAUCUACAACUCUCCACUCCCUGAGGAGGAAUGCAUCUCAAUCAUAAAAGAUGCCUUUGCUAAGGGAAUCACUUUCUUUGAUACGGCUGAUGUAUAUGGAGCUCAUACCAAUGAAGUUUUGGUCGGGAAGGCCCUGAAGCAGUUACCAAGAGAAAAAAUUCAAUUGGCCACAAAGUUUGGCAUUGCAGGAAUGGCACUUACUGGUAUGAUUGUGAAGGGUAGCCCUGAUUAUGUCCGCUCAUGCUGUGAGGGUAGUUUGAAGCGCCUUGAUGUGGAUUACAUUGAUCUUUAUUAUCAGCACCGAGUGGAUACAUCAGUACCCAUAGAAGAAACUAUGGGUGAACUUAAGAAACUGGCUGAAGAAGGAAAAAUCAAGUACAUUGGAUUAUCUGAGUCCAGUGCAGACACAAUAAGGAGGGCACAUGCAGUUCAUCCCAUCACGGCUGUACAAAUGGAGUGGUCCCUCUGGACUCGUGAAAUUGAGGAUGAGAUAGUCCCACUUUGCAGGGAGCUUGGUAUUGGAAUAGUUCCAUAUAGUCCCCUUGGUCGUGGCUUCUUUGGUGGCAGAGCAGUAGUGGAAAGUUUACCUGCAGGCAACUUCUUGGCCUCACAUCCUCGGUUCCAUGGAGAAAACUUGGACAAGAACAAGAACAUUUACACUCGAAUAGAAGACCAAGCCAAGAAGCGCCAAUGCACUCCUGCUCAACUCUCACUGGCAUGGAUUCUCCAACAAGGGGAUGAUGUUGUACCUAUUCCUGGAACAACAAAGAUUAAGAACCUGGAUCAGAAUAUUGGCUCCUUGAAAGUGAAACUCACACCAGAGGACCUGAAAGAAAUUUCUGAUGCUGUGCCCAUUGAAGAGGUAGCAGGUGAUAGAAAUUAUGAUAGCAUGAGGAAAGCAUCAUGGAAGUUUGCAAACACACCACCAAAAGAUUUUGGGGUCUCAACUUGAGGAACUUGUGGUUGUUAUUCAUCUCACUUGGAAACAGUUGAUGAAUAAGUCAAUUGAAAUGUUCAAGGCACGUUCAUGAGCUGUUUGUAUCAUGUAUUGACAACUUUUGGGCAUAGACCUAUAUGAGCUGCCAAACUAUCAAAUUUUAUAAGAAUGAAUGAUGUUAAUCUGAUUGCUUGGAUGAAUUAUUCCAUAAUCCAAUGCCUAAACAUCAGGUAUGUGCUUCAAGAAUGUCCAGCCUGGAAGAAGGUGCAGCCUUGAACUGAUCAUGAUGAGCUUAUUUUCAAUCUGAGAAUGAAAAAUUUUCUGAUAAGUUACAACUAUAAGUUUAGGUUGCAAAAGAGGUGUCCAAGCGUUUACUUUUAUAACCCAGAUUGAAAGGAUAGGUAAACGGUCUUUCUUUUACCCUUUGUUGAGAAAUAAAAUCCAAAUUUUAUGUUAAAAUAACCAAUUUAGGGCUACCCUGUCAAG